CUCUUGGGGGCUGGCCACGGGGUCCUGCGUCCCCCACGACACUGCACACGACCUGGUUGACCCAGGACCCCCUCCACGUUGACAGCCCUGGCUACACCUGCUUCAGUGCAACUGCAGCCCUCGGCCUUGCCUCUCCAGAGGGCACUGGGGGUCUCCCCUGCUCCACACCAUCCGGGGGCGGCAUCUGCGCUUGCCCUGCAUUGCCUGCCCCCUGAGGUUCCAGGGUCUACUGUCUACUAAACGGCUUCCCGAUGGGGUAAGAGUGAGGUUGCAUCUACACGUGGAGCUAGCGCUUCGCCGCCCUCACCCAUUUUCGUGGAAGCCAGCUGCUUAGCUACCUGCGGGUGUCAUCGGCCCCACCCUAUUUCCCAGGCUUUAAAGGCAGCAAGUCUCCACAGGCCUCCCGGGGCAUAGACAGCUCUGGUAUGACCGGCACACCCAGUGAGGGCCCCGGAGCUACAGUGUGGGAGGCAGGGACCUGGGUUCAAAUCCUGCCCCUCUGGCGUGGGACUGUCUCUUCUCAGAUUUUUGGCCUCUAUUCCCCGCCUGAGAAGUGGGGACCAGCCCAGUUUCCUUGCUCUAGAGCUGCACAGACGAUCAGCCGGCACGGGAGCGGGGUGGGGUGGCUGCAACUCCAGAGUACAGAUCCUGACCCGCCUUGCCCACGAUGACUGCCCACAUCCUCCUCCUGCUGUUGCUCCUCGCCUUCUUUGCCCAAGGGGACCCGGAUUCUGCGGCCAGGCGGGGCCAGCACCAGGACGCCCUCCAGCACCGUGAGCAUGUCUGGUCCCUGGGUGUACGCCGGACUCACCGCCUGCUGGAGAUCAUACACUGGAUUCACUCUGCCUCUGCCAAGGAGCCCUCAGGGAAGUCCAGCCGCGAGCCCCAGGACCCCUACAGCUAUGGGCGCCGGCGGCAGGUGACGCAAGGCAGAAGCCUGGCCCAGGUCCCAGGACACCGGCCUACAGCCAGGGGGCCAGCAGAGUGCCCAGUUCGUUGGGUGACCUCAGGCACUGCUGGUCACCUCCCCGGCUUCGGUUUGCCUGUCUGUACAUUGGCACUUCUACCCCACGUUUCUUCUCCCCUAACUCCAGCCCCUGAGAUCGUCUUCCCCAGCCCCUCCCCAGGCUGUGACUGGGUUGGACCCAGGAGCACAAGGACCAGGCUGGACCAAGAACACUGUCGACCAGAGCUGAACAAACAAGCGUUCUGCGUUUCAGUCUCUGCUCCUCUGUACCUAUUUCGUCCGCUCAGUCGGGGCUGGGUCUCUAAUACACCCUUCUCUAUUGUCUAUGCUGCUUCUCCCUCACGGAAGUCCCACUGA